AUGGAGAAAGCCGCCGGUUCUCCCUCGGUGGGCGGCAGCUACCCGCAGAAAAACGCCGAGAUCCUCAGCAGCCAGUACGGCAUCAAUCUCUUCCUGGCCGGGCUGCUGCUCACCUUUGCCUGGGCUGUGCACGCCGUGGGCAUCAGCAAGAGCCACCUGCUCUCCUACCUCAUCACGCUGAUGCUCAUCCAGCUGCUGUGGAUGCUCUGGUACCUCGGCAGGAGCUGCACGCAGAGGAGGCUGAUCCGAGACAAGGACACACACGCCGGAGCCCGCUGGCUGAAGUGUGGGAUUACAUUGUUUGCAGUGAUUACUUUAAUUCUGGACUCUUUUAAAAUUGGAUAUUACAUUGAUUUUUCGAACUGUUUAUCACCAACUGAAGGCAUUUUUCCUGUUACACAUGCUGUGCAUACCAUCUUACAGGUGUACUUUCUUUGGUGUCAUGCAAAGGAUAUUAUCCAGUCUUUCAAAACACUUGAAAGGUUUGGGGUUAUCCAUUCUGUCUUCACAAAUUUGCUCCUGUGGACAAAUGGAGUGCUAACAGAGUCAAAACAUCAACUGAAUGAACAUAAGGAAAGACUAAUCACGCUUGGUUUUGGAAACAUAACAAUAGUUUUAGAUGAUCAUGCACCUCAAUGCAAUUGCACAACAACAACUCUCUGUUCGAUAUUUUCUCAAGGAAUAUAUUAUCUAUACCCCUUUAAUAUAGAGUACCACAUCCUAGCAUCCACGAUGCUCUAUGUCCUGUGGAAGAACAUUGGCCGCAAAGUCGAGCACCACCAGCAACACAAAACUCCAUUCAAAUUCCACGGCAUAACCGUUGGAAUGAUUUUUGGACUAGUUGUCUUAACUAGCACAAUAGCCAUAGUUGUUGUCUAUUUAAUUCAGAUUGGACGUUCAAAAAUCAAAAGCGAGUUAGCACUUACUAUGUUUUACUUGCAUGCUAUCUUUGUAUUGGCUCUCAUGUGUACAGCUGGAAUUGUCGCCCUUCUCAUCUACAGACUGGAAGACAGAUCACUGGAUAAUUCAAAAAAUCCCGCUCGAAAACUUGAUGCCGAGCUGCUGGUGGGCACGGCUGCAGGGUCCUGGCUCCUCUCCUGGGGCUCGAUCCUCGCCAUAAUCUGUGCCCAAGCCCAUCCAAAAUACACGUGGUAUAACCUACCCUACUCCGUCCUGGUUAUUAUUGAGAAAUAUAUUCAGAACCUCUUUAUCAUUGAAUCCAUACAUCGUGAGCAGGAAAAGGUGAACGACGAUAUUAAAACUCUUCGAAUCGUGACUAUAUCACGGGGGAGCUCUUUGUCACUUACCCCCUCGUACAAAGAGAUUUACAAUGGCAGAGCUGCUCCGGAGAGCGGAGAGGUGCCCUGCCUGUUAAAGGGCAGUGGCUGUGGGAGAGAAAAUGGCCAUGGUGCCAAAGAAGAAACGAGUCAGGAUAAGAGUUCGGUCAUGCAUUCAGCCUCAGAUAUCUCCUUUUACAGUAGAAACUCCGUUACUAACAACAAGAGGAGAAUUCUGAAGAACAUCGCUGCAUUUUUAUUCCUAUGCAAUCUUUCGCUUUGGAUACCACCGGCAUUCGGGUGCCGUCCGGAAUAUGACAAUGGACUAGAAGAAAUAGUUUUUGGCUUUGAACCCUGGAUAAUUGUUGUGAACCUUGCGAUGCCUUUUUCUAUUUUCUAUCGGAUGCAUUCAGCUGCCUCACUCUUUGAGGUCAAUUGUAAAACAUAG